GAAUUCUUCUCUGUAACUUGCGAAGACUUUUGCACCCGCGAGGUCGUACCCGUACUAAUAUGACGACGAAGAAUACAAGAUCCGAUACCUACUGCGGAGACCAUGAAGUAUCAAUCGUCGACCUCUCCGCUUUUACUGCCAAUGGCGAUGCCGAAUCCAAACGCCGAGCUGCCAUCGACCUACGCGAGAAGCUCAAAGUUAAUGGAUGCAUUGGCAUCGUCGGUCAUGGAGUAUCUCAAAAGAUGAUUACGGAGGCAUUCGCUGUCGCGAAAGAAUUCUUUGAUAUGCCAAUGGAGGAGAAAAUGAAAGCUCCUCAUCCUGACGCGCCAGUGCCUCACCGUGGGUAUUCGCGCCCAGACGACAAAAAUCACGUCGCGGCCAAAACGGCGAAAGAAAUGACCAGCGAAGCGAAGAAGGAGAUGUAUUCGAAGACAAAAGACUUCAAGGAGGCUUUUGACCUCGGGAGUGAGGAGAAUCGGGACGAGCCUAAUACUUGGCUUCCAAAAGGAGUAUAUGAUGGCUUUAGAGAAUUCACGCUCAAGUUCUAUUGGGAACUGAAUAAGACUUCGUUGGCCAUCUUAGAUGCUCUAAUCAUCAGUCUGGAUCUCACUGAUGAAGAGGCCGAUAGAGUACGGGCCCUCCACCCAGGUCAUGAUCAUCAGCUUCGACUGCUGCAUUAUCCACCCGUUGCCAGGGUCGAAGCAGCCGACAAACUUGUAACUCGCAUGGGUGCGCAUACAGACUGGAGUACCUUCACGCUUCUUUUCCAAGAUACUAACGGCGGUUUGAUGUAUAUGGAUCGCGCAACCGAUACGUUUGUAGACGCCGCACCGAUAGACAACGUUGUCUACAUGAACAUCGGAGACAUGUUCGAGCGAAUCUCCAACGGCAUUUAUCCAUCUGCUCUCCAUCAAGUAGUCAUACACAAACCCCAGAAGUCUCGCUACUCGAUUCCAUACUUUAUGUGCUCUCUUGGUGAUGGAGUCAUCGAACCGCAACCCUCGCUUGUCAAGAGAAUGGGUUUUCAGAAAUACGACCCUGUCACAACAAUGGAGUAUUCCACUUCCGCUUUUCAAACAGUCAGGGACGCCAGCGAAGUGUUAUCCACAGAUUGAAAUUUCCAACAAGACGACCUGUAUGGGACAAUCUGCUCGUCAAUUCUAGAACGGAUUAACCCGUAUGUUGGCGUCAAGUUUCAUCGUGCUUAACGCAAUGGUCGACGAGUCGGAUGUUCCGGAUAUGAGAUGGAUCCCUAUGGCGAUGUUCAAAUAGUGCCAACAACCGACCUAAAGGGAUGGCACCAGUCGAUGUCAUAAUUCACGUAACUCUAUGUCAUUGAGCUUAUUGCCUUGACAUAGCUUGGUACGAUUCGUGAGCUGUUAGCUCCUUACAAUCGGGUCUAGACUGGCUGGGC